AUGGACUACGAAUACGGAGCAGGAGAGUACUGCAGGAGGGGACACGUGCCGGCGUUUGGGAGCUGGGACUGGAACGACGCCGUUCCGUUCACUCAGUGCUUCGAGACCGCAACUACUCAGCAGCAGCAGCCUGCUUUCCUCCACUACGCUCCUUACCCUCAAGAUCGCGAUCUUUACCUCGCCGGCGAUCUCUACGACAACCACCACCUUGUCGCUCCCGCCGUCAUCCUCCUCCCUCGUCGCCGGGCCAAGGUCGGCCAGGAGCCGGCGGCGGCGAAGAGAAACGGCUCUAAGGACCAACACAACUACAAUGCGGACGCGCGUGAGUCGAACGCGCCGAAGAGCUGUCCUACACCGGUGGUGAGGCGGAGGACGAAGGCGCCUAAACCCGUGGACGAAGACUUGUACAAAGUGUCCCCUCAGCUUCUCAACGUCAAAUCCAAAAGGGUGUUUCUUGCCAACACGGGUGCUUUGAAGUUACAAGCGUGA